CGUGACUGUUGGAAAAUUGUCUCAUCAAUGAAAUCGAAAGUUUUCAGAUCGAUCUUAAUCAAUGUGGUCUUGGAAUUGCAUAAAUAUGAAGAUAUUUUUGUCUAAAGUAUCACAACAACCAACGCCUUCGUCUAGUAAACAAGUACCCAAACCAAACCUAAGAAAAUGGCUUCAAUCUUAUCUACUAUCUUCCUGAUUGCUUUUGGAAGCGUUCUAAUUGCAACAAGCUAUGCAGUUGAAGCAGAUAAGGUUAAGAAGCGUGAACUCCCUCUUUUCGGUCAUGGAUAUAACUUUUUUGGUGGCGCCUCUUUGAGUGGAUGGAAGCCUGGAAGUGGAUCCAGUGUUGGUCCCUGGAAUUCUGGGCCAUCUCCAGCUGAUGUGACGAAUGCUAUUGCAGCAGCAAAACAAGCUUCUGCAAAUGUCCUCAUCGCUCAGCAACAAAUGCAAGCAGCUAGAGAAAAUGUUCUCAAACAACAGCGAAUGGCGAUGGAACGUGAAGCUGCUGCAACAAUUCUCACCCAAAAAAGUCACGCUGCCGCUGCUAUUCAGCGAUCAGAAGCAGCAGCUGCAGCUCAAAGUGUUGUUUUGGCUCAGCAGCGUUUGGCAGCUUCAAAAUCAGCAGUUGCUCAUCAGCAACGUAUUGCCGCAGCUAGAGAAGCUGAAGCAGCUUCAGCCUUACAACGUUCUGCACAUGCUGCAGCUGCUGAAAUUCAAAAAUCCGAAUAUGAAGCCUCGAAAUUGGGUACAUUUAUUCAAAAUGGAGCCGCAUCCAGUGCUCAUCAUUUAUCUUUGACCAAGGAUAAUGCGUUUAAUCCUAUUAAUUCGGGAACGAAUCAUGUUUCGAAUUUGGAAUUGUAUGGUCCUUGGCAAGGAUCUGGAAUUGGUGGUGCUGGACCAAGCAAUGGAAAAGGAGGACCUUGGUAUUAA